GCUGAUAAGAAAUAUAUAGUUGACACUGUACUGUUCGUUUAGACUUGAAUGCAAAAUGUAACGCGAGUUUACUGGUUAUUUGCAAAUGGCUAAUAUUCAAGAUAGUUUGCGGAAUUAUUUCUUUAUCGACCAGCCGGUAAAGGCUGUAGCUGGAAUCGCGGGAUGGAUUGGCAUAAUCGCAAGGACUAUAGCUGCUAUCGUCCUUAUGGUGCUAAUUGGAGGAACGACGGGAGUCGUCAUAAGAGCACUUUUUGGAACACUAUUGACCUACAUCUUACUAACAUUAAUAGCAAAUCUCGCCUAUAUUUGGGGAAUUUACGUAGAACAUAAACCUUAUAUGUUUCCGUACUUGGUUGUGGUGCCCUUGGAAAUAUCCCUGACAUUCGUAGUUUCGAUUACGGUAUCAAUAUUGAUGUAUGCCAUCAUGAUGUUGGGCGUGACUUCAUUAGUUUCUUAUAUUUUUCUCUACAUACUAUUACUGGGCGUCCAUUACAUUCUCUGGUUUUGCUCUCUACUUUCAUACAUCAGGAUCCAAGAAGAUGAACCUUUUAAACUUAGAAACAACAUGGAUCAUUUUGCUAUGUACGACAUGAGAUAAUAAGUGAAAUCUAGGAAUCUGCAAAUAGUGUUUUGAUUCACUAAUUAAACAAAAUAUUCUAACAGAAAGUUGCAGAAUAUCAUAAUAUAAUAACGCUUUAUUGUCCAACAUAAUAUUAUUUAUUUUUAAUACUAAGGC